AAGCCACUGGACUCCACAAACCCACUAGGCACAGCAGAAGCAGGGCUGUGAUGAGCACAAGGCGAGUGGUGGUGGACAUGCCCACUGGGGCCAGCUCCAGCAUGCCCCUCCAGGGGCACAGGGCUUCCUUCAGGGGAACACGGCCAUCGUCCUCCCUGGAUAGCCCCUCGGCCUCCAGGACCAGUGCUGUGGGUGGUCUGGUCCGAGCACCCAGAGUCUAUGCAGGGAUGGUGCCCAAUGGGUGCGCAGGUGGCGUGGAUGCCCGUGUGACUCGCCGGGCCCUAGGCAUCAGCACUGUCUUCCUACAGGGCCUGAGGAGCUCAGGCGUAGCCACAGUACCAGCUCCAGGCCUGGAGAGGGGCCUCAGUGCCGCUGAGGACCUGGGGGGUUGCCUGGUGCAAUACAUGGCCAAGGUGCACGCCCUGGACAAAGUCACCCAGGAGCUGGAGGCACAGCUGCGCAGGCACCUGGAGAGCAAGGCCGCGAGCUCUGAGGGCUGGGGCGCCCUCAGGGCCUCCUGGGCCAGCAGCUGCCAGCAGGUGGGCGAGGCAGUCUUGGAAAACGCCCGGCUCAUGCUGCGGACAGAGGCUAUCCAGGCGGGCGCAGAAGACUUUAAAGAAAGAUAUGAAAAUGAGCAACCAUUUCGGAAGGCAGCGGAAGAGGAAAUAAACUCUCUGUAUAAAGUCAUCGAUGAAGCAAAUUUUACAAAAAUGGAUCUGCAGAGUCAAAUAGAGAGCCUGAAAGAAGAGCUUGGCUUUCUGUCAAGGAGCUAUGAAGAGGAUGUGAAAGUGCUGUACAAACAGUUGGUAGGGUCUGAGCUGGAACAAAUGGGUGUCCCCACUGGCACUGGUCUGGAAGACAUCCUUGAGACGAUCAGAAUUCACUGGGAGAGAGAUGUUGAAAAGAACCGGGCAGAGGCAGGAGCCUUGCUCCAAACCAAGGCUGCGGCCGUCAGGACGGAGUUACACAACACUUCGUGCCAAGUGCAGAGCCUCCAGGCCGAGACGGAAUCCCUGCGGGCCCUGAAACGAAGCCUGGAGAACACCUUGCACGACGCCCAGCACUGGCACGACGUGGAGCUCCAGAACCUGGGCGCGGUGGUCGGCAGGCUGCAGGCGGAGCUGCGCGACGCGCUCGCCGAGGCCGAGCUGGGGCAGCAGGUGCACGAGCGUCUGCUGGCGCUCAAGUGCCAGCUGCAGAGCGACGUGGCGGCCUGCCACGCCUUGCUGGACCGGGAGGAGAGCGGGUUCCUAUGUGUGGCAUACAUUGCCUAAGGAACGGAGUAUCAGCUCUAAGAAACAACCUAAAGAUAAUACAGUCCAACCCCUUAUGAUCCCAGAGCAAAUACAAGGUCUCAGAGCAGAAAAGGAUUUUCCCAUGACCACAUGGGAGGUGGAGACAGAGCCCGGCAACAGGAGGAAGAGCAACCAGCCCAGAUGUGCUACUGACCCGGGAAGGAAAGAACGCAGAGUUCUCCCGGCUCUCGCCAAUGCGCCACGUAAUGUCUCUUUCCUCAGAAGGCAAGACAGCUGUGCGGAGGCAACCUAACCCUCCCUCCAUCCAAAUGGAAAAUAUGUCAUCCAGCUCUUUCCAAC